AUGCUACGCAUCGGAAACUUUAACGUCCGGCACGAACUCGUGGACCAAGGCAGCUCGACCGAGGUCAUGUACUAUUCUCUGUUCAAGGAUUUGAAGAUCUCAGACACUGACCUCCGUCCCUCCGAAGUCCCCCUCAUUGGGUUCAACGGGGCCUCGGUAUGGCCUCUCGGCAUGAUCACUCUUCCCGUCCAUUGCGGAUCGAUGAUCAUUGACAUGGAGUUUAUGGUGGUCGAUGUUCCUAGCUCUUACAACGCAAUUGUCGGGCGCACCUGGCUCCAAAAGCUGAAGGCUAUCGCCUCCACUUAUCACUAG